CAGCGAGGAGGAAACAUGCCCGAACCCGCCAAGUCCGCGCCCAAGAAGGGCUCCAAGAAAGCGGUCACCAAGACGGCCGCCGGCAAAGGAGGCAAGAAGAAGAGAAGGACCAGGAAGGAGAGCUACGCCAUCUACGUGUACAAGGUGCUGAAGCAGGUCCACCCCGACACCGGGAUCUCCUCCAAGGCCAUGAGCAUCAUGAACUCCUUCGUCAACGACAUCUUUGAGCGCAUCGCCUCCGAGGCCUCCCGUCUGGCUCACUACAACAAGCGAUCCACCAUCACCUCCAGGGAGAUCCAGACCGCUGUGCGCCUCCUGCUGCCCGGUGAGCUGGCCAAGCACGCCGUGUCCGAGGGAACCAAGGCUGUGACCAAAUACACCAGCUCCAAGUAAACAGCUCUGCUGCUGAUGCUGCAACCCAACGGCUCUUUUAAGAGCCAC